GAUUUAAGAAUCAUGAUUUUUUUUUUCUUCAAAUAAUUUCUUAUAAAUAGACCGGGACAUGAAAGUGAUUACCAAUAACUGCUGCAAGUCUCCUUCCUACUUUCAUUCGAAUUUAGCAAACCGACCAAUCAAAAUGGCCAAGGCUCUUUUCUUCGUACUCGCUUGUGCACUCGUCGUCGCCGCCCUCGCUGAGUUCGAGUUCGAUGACGAGACUGCUGCUGACAUCGAGUUCAUGAAAAGGGACGCUGACAUGAUGGAUUUCUUCGACGCUGAGAAGAGGGGAAGGGGAAGGAGCAUGAAGAAAUACAAGCAUUGUCAACAGUACAACCAGGCUUGCUGGUGCAGCAGGAGAUCCGGCAAGGUUGUUUUCUGCAGUGGAGCUGGAACUGGAGACAACAUGUAAUUAUUCGUUGCUGCCUGGAUCGAUUUCGGAACUACUUCGGAUCUCCGUCGCAUCUACUUCGGAUGACGUCGGAUCUCUUUCGAUUCGGCAUCAU